AUGAACGCUGCUUCUAUUGCCAUGGCCGCCAGCCUAUUCAACGACAAGCCAACGGCGCCUCGCGCCAAAAAAUCCACUCGAUCUCCUUCCAAAGGUAGAAAAUCUCCUGUGCUCUUCCUUUCUACCACCAAGAAAUCUUCCAACGACUUUGAAGACGACACAGUAACUGAAGAUUUCACCACAUCCACAAUCCAUAAUGAUGGUUCCGACAACGAAAAAUCUGAAGACUUGUUCAGAGUGGAUUAUGAUGAUUCGUUGGAGGAGAGAGACGAGAAUGCCACUUCCAACGGCACUGGUCUGAUCAUGUAUGCUACCUCUACAGGUACCAAAACUCCUUAUUGGAAGCGUCGUUUGGGUUGGAAACCCGACACGACUCGAGCUCACCGCCAGAAACUCAAGAACUUGUUUCGUACUCCCAUGCGGCGACAUGCCACAGUUGGACUCUCCCAGGCGAACCAAGGAGAUGCCCUUUUGCUCAAACGAAGAGAGGAUGGAAAACAAUUGCAAUCGAAUGUCAGCGAUCGUGAGCUAGUACAUGAACGAGACUCAUCUUGCAAUGACAGAGAACAACGGGAUCCCAACGAAGAAUAUGCCAUGGACAGUGACGACCAAGCAGCCAAGGAGAAGAAUUGGCAGUCUUUUCGCUCUGUGAACCAGGAAUUUGUAUUUGCAUAG